CUCCCGUCGGGCUCCCCUCGUCUUCCUCUUUUCUCUUCGUCGACGCCCUCUUUUCUCUUCGUCGACGCUGCUGCUGCGUCAAUGCCCUCGUCGUCUCUUUCGCCCUCUCACUCUCCUACUGUGUAGGUAAUCCUCUCUCUCUCUCUCGCUCUUUGUCUUGCGAGUUUCCCCGUGUACCUGAGAAACGAGGUCGCUGAGGGCUUCGAGGGCGCUACUCCAUGCCCUCUGACUUACCGUGUGCGAUGUUGUUGAGAUCGAAAUCCCAAAGAAAAGCGGUGGCGAACUCGAUCUGGGUUUUCUUCUCCACCCUCCUUUGCAUCGUCUUCUUAUCCUCCAAGUCAUGUCUGGCUUUGUACGAAGAUGAAGUUGGGGUCAUGGACUGGUGAUAAGCAUUUAGCAAUGUUGCCUGCUUCAAAGAUCAAGAGUGUGGAUGCAGCCAGUGAGUCUGGAGUUUGGAUACCAGCAAGCUCAUUGAUGAUUGAACCUCUGAAGCCACAUUCUUGAAGUUUAUGAACAAGCUUCCAAACUCCCGCCAACACACUCUCUCCCUUUCCUCUCGAUUAAACCUCUCAGCCGCAGGCUCUUCCCCUGCGUCGCCCCUCUUCUUCUUCAACUGCCAUGCAACCCGUCUCCCUCCGAGCUACCGCUCUUCUUCAAGCCCUGACCAGCGGAACGAAGGUGGUCCAGCCCUAAUCGCUGGAAAUACCAAUACCUUUACGAUCGUUGGUAUACAAAUGCCGGGCUCGAGCAUUUCACAGAAUCUUGAAGAAGUUGGUUUCCUGUUGGAGGAAUAUGCUUCAUUACAAGAGUUUUUUAUGCACUCUCUUAAAGUAGGCUCACGUCCUAUUAACCCUGAUCCAAAUUGUCUGAUAACUGGUUAGUCAUGUUGAUGGAGAGAGUUGCAAGAUCCUGGAGAUAUGAUUGACCAAGUGAAGGGAUUUUCCUAUUCUGCUUCUUCUCUUCUCGGCACAAAUCUUUCCUUUCCUCUUCUGGCUGCUGAUGACGAACAUGGAAAACAUAAUACUGCGGAAAACCGACAGACCGCUAGUCCAGAAAAAAAUUCAUGGUGGCGGAUCUCACUGGCAUCACCUAGAGUUCGUGGUCCUGAUGUACUGAGGAAACCAUGAAGUACUGCUUUGUUCGUCAUCGGGCAGAGACUGCGGUUUCAGGCGGGAGUUCUUCUGCACGAUUCUUCUGGAGAGCUAAUCUGGAGUUGAGCUUUGGGGCGUCUAAUCCUCGUCACUUCGGCAAGCUACUGCCCAAAUUUCAGAAGCGACGGUGCAGGGAUUGAAUUUAUAAAAUUCGAGCGUCUACGUUUCCUGUGCAUCGCCUGAACACCCUGCGAGGGGAUCCUCGCUUGCACUCCAUUCUGUAAUCAGUUUGGUAAUCUUUGAAAUCUGGUGACGACCCUAGCAAUUGAUUUCUAUUACAUUGUUUGGAUUUGAUGCUGUUA